UUCACAGGCGAUCACACAUCUGUGAUUGUUACGUCAAGCUUCUGUGUGCCUGUGGUUUGAAAAUUGGGAUAUUAGUUUCAGCCGAAUGGGAUAUACCAGGCAAUAAACGCUAGGUGCUUGGAGCGAGAAUCGUGUUGAUUGUCGUGACGGUGAAAUUGACACUGUAUGUAUGUUACAGUGACUUGUACAGGGUGUUGCGAAGCUUGACGUAGCGUGUGUAGGUUUGAUUCAAGACUUUGGAGUUGGAUGGACUACAUUUUCUGACAUCACAGACGUUGAUUGGAGAGACAUUGCAGGUAUCUCAGAGCUUCCCUAGCGUUAUGAGAUGGAGGAGAGAGUGAGUGUUGACAGCCUCCUAAACCGCAAGGCCCGGUUAGAGAGGGAAAAGGCAAUGAACGCAGCAAGAUCUCCCAAGGAUUCUAAAUUCGGGGAAUGUUUACUGAACAUUAACACAAAGGAUGAUCCGCUGUUGUGUAAAAACCUGAUUAAAAUCAACCUUGAGGUCCGCCGCAUGGAAUUUAAGAUGAAACAAUUACGUCAAACAUUUGUCAAACAAAGCAAGUACCUUAACCACGAACCUCUGAUCCUGGUGGAGAGGCCGGCAUCACCGGAAGUCCGUCGCAGAAGGGUCAUCAUGGACAUGGGUGCAAAUGACCCGGAAGCAAUGAAACUUCCGGGUUAUAUGCGUCCUCUAAGGUCACGUUGCCGCACGCCGUCAACAAUUACAACAAUAGACGCAUUUACGGUAAGACCAAAAAAGAAACGGAACGUCUGGGAAGAAGCAAUGGACGAAAAGGAAAAGCCAAAGUUCAAAAGUACAGUUCGGCCGUGUUCAAAAUUAACACAACGGGAGUUAACCGAGAUUCAUUUUGGCUGGUCAACACAUAGACCCAAAGUUGACAAGGAGCCUGAACCAAGGACACCGAGUCCGCCAAGAGCCACACCGCGGAGUUUACCCAAUGACAAUCAGGUGUUCAUAACUCAACAAGCUCGGACAAACCUGCCACGGACUGCCGAUGGACGUCUGACCAAAUCGGUUAGAUUCAAGGACGAGGAAACCGAAAAUUCUCCUCCAUCACCGGAUGGCAAAAGAUCAAGGUCAAGGACAGUGGAACGAAUUACGUUAAGACAACACUCUAGAUGACGAGGUCUAUAAGCUUGCACGAAUCAUACAUAUGUUGUCUUUUAUAUUUUGGUUUUUUUUAUUUAACUGACGUAUAACUGCACUGUAAAAACUGCAUUUUACUUGAUUGCGGGCAAUGUAUAUACCUGUAUGUGCAGGUAUCGGUUUUGGCAAGUACACUCUUCACAUAUGCCGAGUCAUUAAAUGACACGAUCUUUGAAAACAACUAUAUGUAAUGAAAGUAGUUGUACAUUCGGCUGAUGGACCCUAACUAAAAGGAAUAGAUACCUGUACAUCUGAUCGUUUCAAGAAGGAGUACACUGGCAAAUAUGUAUUUGAUGUGGAUUAAAUCGCAAAGUAA